GUUGAAACAGAUGUAGUGAAACCCAAGGCGGGUUGAUGGCAAAGAGUGCUUGAAGGGUUGGUGAGACUCUAAACCGCAACCGCCCUAGUCAAGAUCAAAAUAAUUCCUUUCAGAAAAGGGAUAUUUACCGAUGAAUCGAGUGUGAGGCGCGCUCCAAGACUACUAAUGCCGGUGAGAAACAUUCGUACUUCAUCGAAUAUGCGGGCGCCAAACUCGAUGUCUUUCUUGUCCAAGGCCUACAACUUUUUGAAAGGCAAAACUUCGAAGAACGACGAGAACUUUUACGCCAAGGCCAAGACGCCUUUUCCGAACGAGAUUUACCCAAGUCUCUGUGAGCCGAUCGACGCUAAAGGAAUGGCAGAGAGUUCUUGGAAAAACAGAAGAGUUUUGGGAGAAUUUACCAAUCGCACUAAGAGCAUGUUCAAUGACCGGGAGCUAAUGAAGCAAAAGGCGCGAAUUAAGCCGUUCAGUCCUCGAGCUGCAGAGAAGAAUUGCUUAGAGGAAAAGAAGAUAAAUAACCAAACACAAGGAAGGCCAAACAACAAGGCUUUCUCGUUGGAAGGCGAAGAAGACGAAGAGGAAGGCGUUUUUGCGAUACAGGUACGUUACCCCUGUGAUUCACUCUUUCGGUUUUCAGUCGUGUGUUGUAGAAUGCGGAAAUUUUCGAGAAUUUUUUCCUUAUUCGAGACUCAAAAUAAUUUAAUACAAUCAAAGCUUAACAAGUGCUUCAAGCUGUUUUGAUACAACAAUUUCUUUGAUGAAGAGUCGGAUUUCCGUCGUUUUGAGGGAUCAGUUCAAAACAAAUUUUAUUUGAUCGCUUACAUUUUCAAAGCAAAUAAAAAUUUCUGGUAAAUAAAUCAAAAUUUGUUGAUGAAGUCACAACUGUUUAUUGGAUGAAGUGGGAUGAUUCAGGAAAGAAAACUCUUAUUCGCCACACCCAAAGAUAAAAUAUCGGGAAAUUUUUCAAAGAGAAUUGUGCCGCAGUAUUUGUCUAGCACCAGGAGAAAUUAUCUUUGUUUCUGGGCCGUCAGAAACUUCCGCCGAAAGCGAUCUUUUACGAAAUUCAGAUAUCGACAUCAAAAAGUAAAAGCGUUUUGAAGUUCUUAAAUUGGCAAAGCGAGUUCGAUCUUUUUUAUCUCAAGUUUUACCAGAGUCAUUGAAGUAAAAGGCUUUGGUGAAUCCAGCUGACUAACAGCAUUAAAUUUUUAAACAAAAUACGGGGAGUGGAAACAGCACCUCAACAAAGAGUAAUAAACAUGGCACACAAUUCAUUCCAGAUCUUAUUUGCUUUGAUAGAAAUCUUUUGAAGAAACGUCAUCAGUAAUAUUCUACAGCAUAGAGCUUCACGGCGGUAUUACCAAUGAUGGAUUAAUGUUCAUGUCAUCUUUUCAAGCUGAGAUAACAUAGAGGUUCCAUGUUUAUGGGAAAAAAAAACCGUUUAGCUCUUUCAUUGUUUUCUCGGCUAAGGUAAUAAAAAACAUCUCAAUUUCCAGUAGAGUAGAUUUAUUCGGAUCACAGGUAUAGCAAAUGGGCAAAUAGAGCUCCGCAAACAGCGCAAAUCGCGGAUGGAAAAAAAGUAAACUUUUCGAAAAUAAAUUUUCCUUUUUCGUUACUUUGGGGUGUACCGAACAACACAAGUUACGUUUUUUGUAACUCAUAACUUAAUGAUGAGUUUUGUAAAUCUUAAAUAUUUUGUUUGCCUUCUUUACUUUUCACACAUCUAGGGCUAGAGUUUUCCCUUUAUAUGCGAAGCUAGUCUUGUUUCAGUGGAAAAAAAUCGGCAAGAAAUCUGACUACAAAUAAAAUUUUUCUGUGUGGCUGUUUAGUCUUUUAUGCCACGCGACCUGAUGUCCAUUGUUCGCGUGUCGUGCUCGAUAUGUUGUUAAAUCGAUUAAUUUUCUUUGUACUUUCUAAAUGCUUAUUAUAAAACAUCUGUCUCUUGAAGUCCCUGCGGCUUCAAAUGACUUGUCAGUUGCCAAAUGUAAGCAGCAAUUGAGGCAUUGUUGAUACGUAACAAGUUAAGAUAACAAAGAACGCAACUAAUGGAGAGAGUUAGCUUUGAUUUGAAUCUCUUUGAUUUCAAGACCGAUUCAAGAAGUGGCAUCAUCAAGUUUGAUAUUUUUAAUCUACUAGAGCACUUAAACAUGAAUAGGAAAUGAAAUGAUGAAGUAUAUACACAGACAUCAUUCUUAAUCACUAUAAUACACAUCAAAUUUCUGCACAUGUCAAGCUUCCUUCUUCAUAUUCCAACUUCUCAGCAUUUGCACCAUGAUUAUCACCACAAGGGGAACUCUAGAGAUCAGUUUGUUGUUUUCUUGAAUUCCAAAAUAGAAGCAUGGACAUUUGUUCCGGAGUAGUACUUAAUUGUUCGUAUCGUCCUCUUCUACACAGCACCUGUUUAUCCUUCGAGCACGUGUCGGAUAUUGGCUUUAUUAUGAUAAUUUAUCUAUGUAAAUUCAUUAACUAUAAAGUGCAUCCAAGCGUGAAGUAAUGUAACGGCUCGGCGGGAAAAUUGAUACUAAAACGGUGAUUUCAAUUUACGGCGGAGAUUUUCUGUGAUAAAGAAAAUUCAAGGUAAUUGCAUUAAAAUGAAUUAGAUCGUAUACAAAUUCGACUUACCGCCUUAAUACAAAUGAACGACUAAAAAUAGAACAAAAAAUUGAUGGUUUACACAGCUGUAGCGUACUGUUUUUGAUACAGAAUAUUUAUUUAUUUCUCAAACUGGAAAAUCUAAGUGCUUUGCGAUAUGUUGAUAUGAUAGGAAAGCUUUUAAAAUAGAUGUGAAUUGUUUAGAAAUAUUCAGACGUCAGACAUUGAAUUUCAAAUUAAACUAACUACGGUGGACUAAAAGUACAUACAAUAGUAACGCACGAGGAACAUUGAAACAAAUGUGCAGUAGAACCUUCAUAUCGCGAAUGCGAGGUAUCUCCUUUCGAAAAUCAUUAGUGAAUUCUUUACUUCCAGCUUACUCAGUUUCCCUUCCCCCAUCUCCCCGCUAUCCUGAAAAACUCCAUUUCCCUCGGAAGUUUGAGCGGGCUUCUAAAAACAAAAGUUUAUGGUAGUUUUUUUCUUUCGUCAUGCGCAGUUGAUCAAGCCCCAGAAUGGUUUUCUUGGUAUCGUUUUGGUGGGCGGAGCUGACACACCGCUGGAAAAUCAUUACGUCAAUGACAUCUUGCCUAAUUCCUCCGCGUCCAAAUCGGGCCGCGUCAGAACUGGAGACGAACUCCUGGAGGCAAAUGGCCAGGCCCUUCGCGGGAAAACGCAUGCACAGGCGCUAACCAUCUUCAGGUCUCUCCCAGCUGUGGUGACGCUGGUUGUGGCAAGGAGUAAGAACGCGAAUCGCUCUAUCAUGGAACGCUUUAAUCAAGAGAAAAAAGACAACAAGAAAGUAAACAACAAUAUCGUGUCACCAAAGAAAAGGCGAAGCAUUGUAGAGGAAGCAUUCAACUCGAGUGUUAUUUCCAGGCCCCUCUCGUCCGUAAUUGACGUCACAAAAAAGAAGUGUCCGUACUCUAAACCUGUCAAGCGAGUUUCUCGCAUCUCGUCUUUCUUGGGGACAGCGGAAGGUGAAAAUGACAGAGGUGAAACACAAAGAAGAAACCAUGAGGUGAAAAAUGAAAAAAGAAACAAGAAAAGUCGGGAAGAACCAGGGGUAGGUUUUUCUAGUUCGUUAGGCUGGGCUUAGCUCCAUUUUAGAGCAAUCGCUCUGACGAAGGGCUAACGCUCGAAACGUCAGCUUUUUUACCCGUUACGGUGGCUAAUUUACGUUUUCAACCCAGUUGUUAACACUAAAUUACCCGCUAUACUCUCCAACCGACGCAGCACCACAGUUUCUUUAGAAACUUACCCCUUUAUCCAUUUUAGAGGCUCAACUUUAAAUAUACUACGGAGGUAAACCUUCAAUAGUUUGAACAGAACAGUUUUCACAUAAUUCAGCCCAGUUUCAAAAGCCUCGACACAGUUUGCAUCGUAUUCAAGCGGUUUACUUGCUUAGUAUUGUGCAUCUCUUUUGAAAGGCUGAUGCAACCUGUGGCUAAAAGAAACGACUGGGAUUGCUUUUGCAUUGUUACGGCUUAGGAGAGUGAAGUAGUCUUUGUUGGUUGAUCUUUCUGAUAUAAUCUGCUCUCAUUCUCAGAUAUACCCCCUGUCAAAGGACUGGGAAAGUGGUGGAUCAGUUGAUAAACCGCCGAAAAUUUACGAGAAUGAACAUACGUCAUUCUUCCUCACCAAAACCUUCAGGCGUUCAAGCACUAGCAGAAGGAGCGUCAUCAAACGAUGUGAUGUAAGAGCAACGUGGCCUACUUUCACUAUAAAGCAGCGACUACCUCUCCCCUGGGAUUCGUUCGCAUCUCCGAGACCAGCAAAAGUCAGCCGAAGCUCCUCGGCUCGUGUUCGGCGUAACAUGCCGCCCACUUCGGGAUCCAGCUGGUCGUUGAAUCAAAACUCGAGCUCUUCGGCUCGGAAGUUUACAGGAAAGCAUUACAUCGAAAAGAAAACUAUCGUUGUCGAGGUAAAGCGGGAAAGUACAGUCACAGAGUGGGGAUUUUCUGUCGGAGGGGGUGUAUGUUCCCCGUACGGGGAUCUGCCAAUUUUCAUUGCAGAAGUCUCACCCACGGGGAAUGCCCAAGGAUUUUUACAGAGUGGAGAUGAAAUUGUUGAUUUUAGCGGAGAGAGUUUAGAGGGGGCAACGUUUUUAGAGGCAGAGAAGAUGCUGCGAGGAUACACAAGAAAGAAUGCAACAAUAACAAUCAAACGAAAGUUUCUUCAACGGAGUCAAAACCCGCACACCAAUCCUUAUGCCGAGGUGUGGAGUUCUGUUAACACGAGAAAAACCACCGCGGGACACAGGCAGGGAAGGAGACCGAAAUCAAUGCACUGUUAAAACUCUCAAAAAAAAACUGUGAACUAUGAACUAACAAGAAAAGGCGGUAAAAACUCGAACGCGCGCAGCCAAUGAAAAGCGCUGAAAAAAUGCGCUGACCAAUCAAAACAUUUUCUGAGGUUUUCCUUGAACGUGCUUGGUGCAUUCUGGACUAAUCCUUUCUGAUUGGUUCGCGCUGGCGUAGUAGUUUUUUUUGUUGUUUUUCGUAAGCCAAGCAUCACCUUCAAAACAAACUAAUUUCCUAUUGAAAGCGCUUCAUACACUCAGUUGACCACAGGAAAACUUAACCAUAAUCUUGAUUAUCGAUAGUACAGAUUUCAAUUGGGUGUCGAAAAGCCAAACCAAAGUAAUCAAAAGAGCCAAUCAGAACAAAGUUAACGUCAUCAUUUACAAAUGAAAACUCAAAGUAAAAACAGGCAACCUGCUCGAAGCGCGGGAAAACGCGAGUGACCAAAUUAGGAUUGAGUUUAUACCUGCAUUUGAUUGGUUGGCGCGAGCUUUUUAGACCAAUCAGAGAGCGAAAAACAGCUUAACCAAAGCAAUUCUGAAUCGCUUUCGGCAAUGGAUUGAAAACUGCUCUAUAAGUUUCUGAUGAAAUUAGAAGCCUUUUGUCAGCCUUCCAGUAGCAAGACAAAAAUGAUUGUUUUUUUUCAAAUUGCUUUGAAUUUUAAUUUCAAAGCUAAAACGUCCAAACUCAGACGUUCUACAAACUGGUGGAAAAUAAUGUUCACCCAAUUUUAGGAUAAUAUUGUUUUUGCCUUGAUGUGUAUAUUUUAAAUCCUCAUCACCAUUGUAAGAUUUUUUAGCGGUUUGAUAUAGGGAGUAAAAAUAAUGUUUUAGGAUCUAUUUUCCAAAAAAAAAAACAAGCACAGGAACAAGUUAGCAAACAAUAUCUUUUGACAAUUACUCAAACAGCGAAAAAUGGGGAAAAACCAGUGUAAAAGUAUUUUUAUCAUGUAUAGUAAAACAUUCCAAAAUAGUAGUAAAGGCUUCUCACAGGAGUAGUUACAUUACCAAUACCAAUGGAUUGUUCUAUUCAUUUUUGACACUACAACAGCAAGUUGUUGUAUAUAUUUGUUGAAGACUUUGAUAUUUGACUUAGUUUAAGCUCAUGUAGAAAAAAAUUCAAAACUUUUUAGCUCAAAACUUAGUUUGUUACAAAAACUUUUAAGUUAUAAUUUAUUAAUCCA